GUCACGUCCUGUAUUUAAAAAUGGCGGACGUCAACACUGGUGUCGGUAAAUGAAACGUGUUUUGGUGCAUUUCAGCCUCGUCUUCAGGAGGUGUAGCUACAUGAAACCUCCUGAGGUGCAGCAGUAACAUCCGGAGCUGUCAGCGGGAGGCUCACGCAAUUUCACCAUGAGUAGCCGACGAAAGAGGGCCCCUCCUGUGAGGGUGGACGAAGAGGCCAAGAAGAGGUUGAACUGGAACAUGUUAGAGGAUCGUCAGAAUGAAGCGACUCAGGAGGACGACCAGAUGCCGACCUGCUCCGUGUUUUCAGUCGACUCCACUCCCAGCAGCACCUUUCGUACCGCCACAGAGGACAUCACGGAGGCCGCCAGCACUCGCUCUGUCCGGUUUUCGGAGGAACUUCCCGGCACGUCGUCGGAGAGCAUCUUCGCCUCCACGUCUUUGGCACUCACCGUGUUGCCGGUUUUGAAGCUGGGCCACAUCUGGAAGGCUCUGAUCGGGGAGUUCAGCGUCCGUCCGGCUUGGCUCCCAGCUGACUGUGAGCAGAGAGCGUUCACUCUGCACAGGAUGGGUGACCAGCUCUGCCUCAGCUACAGCAGCUGUGAUGAGAACUCGGGGCAGCAGUGGAGGCCUGAUGAGGACACUUGUACGGCGGAGUGUAGCCUCAGGAGGAUCCCACUGGAGGACCUGGACUGGCUGCAGAAGAGGAGGGUGGUGCAGCUCUGCCACCAGGAGAAAGAGGAGUCAGUCAAGGUGGGGAUUUACUUGCUAGAAACUGGUCUCGGGAAGCCGGAGUUCCUCAGCGAAGGAAAUGCUCGGCUCAAGAAAGCAAAUCAACUGAUGCAGAAGCUAAUGGAGCAUUAUUACGACUUUAUUAUUCCAGAGGUUGUAGAGAACGAGGAGGAGGAGUGUGACACCGACCUGGAGAGACAGAACGUGGAGGAGCUUUAUGAUUUUGUGAGACAUCUGCACCAGGAGGAGAGUCAGGAGGCGACGUACAACGUUCAGCACAAAGCUCUGAUUCCAGUUCUCAGACGCUAUCAGAGCCAGGCGGUCAACUGGAUGCUGAGGAGAGAGAAAUACAGGAACACCUCACCUAAAGAACAAUCGCUGCAUUUCCUCUGGAGGGAGUUGGUCACUUUGUGUGGCAAGAAGUUGUUUUACAACCCUUUUACUGGCUGCUUAAUUCGUGAAUUUCCACUGGCUGGCGUGGAGUGGCCUGGUGGGAUCCUGGCUGAUGAGAUGGGGCUCGGAAAAACGGUAGAAGUUCUGGCUCUGAUCCUGUUUCAUACCCGGCAGAACCUCGAGCAGGAGGCUCUCACACUGCCUGUGGGAAAAUCUGUGAACUACUUUGUUCCUCCUCCUCCGCUAGAAAGGAAGAAGGUUAUCCGCUGCAAGUCUGAAGCUCAGCCUAAAAUGAAAAUAUCCCACCCAACCGUCCGCAUCAUGCUACUCACUGCAAUAAAGGAGAUGAGAUCCGGCAAAGGAGCCUCAGUCAACGCCGUCUUCACCUACAUCCGAGCCACUUACGGCUACGACCUCCUAAAGAACCGAAACCACAUCAAGAAGACGUUGAUGAAGCUCAUAGAUGAGGGCACGGUGGACCGGGUCAAAGGUCGCGGCCUGGCCGGCUCCUUCAAGCUGGGAAAGAACUACAAAGAGACAAAGAAGAUGUUAGCAGCAGCUUCCAAGUCUAACUCCAAAAACACAGAGAGCACGCCCAGGAAAAUGUUUCAGAGACGAGCAAAGGAGAAGGCGGAAGCAGCUCUGCAAAACUCCCUUUCUGAAGAUCAGAGAGAUCAGAACUCGCCGACAUCCGACUGUCCUGUAACCGAGGAAACAAAGAAGGAAUGGGAUGAAAGUCUGAGCGAGAAAGACGACACGCUGGAUACUUCCACGGCGUCCUUACAGGAUAAAAGUGAGUCGGUUUCACAGGAAACAGGCCGAGUGGACGACCUACCUGAAGAAAAAAGAGAUGCCUCACAGCUGGAGGAGACCGAAACCCCGACCAGAGCGUCAGUCGUCCCCUUCAACACCCCCGACUAUCGCUUCGAGUGCAUCUGCGGUGAACUGGGCAUCGUUGACUACAAGGCCCGCGUCCAGUGUAUGAACUGUCAGCUGUGGCAGCAUGCGGACUGUGUGAACUAUAAAGAGGAGAGUCUUGAAACGACACCUUUCUACUGCCCUCACUGUCUGGUAGCCAUGAAACCCGUCUCCACCGGAGCCACCCUCAUCAUCUCCCCGAGCUCCAUCUGCCACCAGUGGGUGGAGGAGAUCAACCGGCACAUCAGGUCCUCGUCCCUACGAGUCCUGGUUUAUCAGGGUGUGAAGAAGCAUGGAUUCAUCCAGCCGCAUGUGCUCGCUGAGCAGGAUGUUGUCAUCACCACCUACGACGUGCUGCGAUCUGAGCUCAACUACGUCGACAUUCCUCAUAGCAACAGCAAAGACGGGCGCCGCUUCCGCAACCAGAAGCGCUACAUGGCCGUUCCGAGUCCUCUGGUGGCCGUGGAGUGGUGGCGCAUCUGUCUGGACGAGGCUCAGAUGGUUGAAUGUCCCACUGCGAAGGCUGCAGAAAUGGCUCUGCGUCUUGCAUCAGUCAACCGCUGGUGUGUCAGCGGAACUCCAGUCCAGAGAGGCUUAGAAGAUCUGUAUGGCCUCGUACUUUUCCUGGGAGUUGACCCUUACUGGGUCAAACACUGGUGGGACCAGCUGCUUUAUCGCCCAUAUCGCCGUGGAAACACAGAACCUCUGUACAACGUCGUCGCUCAGUUACUAUGGCGAUCGGCUAAAAAAGAUGUCAUUGAUCAGAUCCAGAUCCCUCCUCAGAUGGAGGAGGUGCACUGGCUGCACUUCUCCCCCGUCGAGGGUCACUUCUACCACCGGCAGCACGAGGUCUGCUCCCAGGACGCUCUGGUCAAACUCAGGAAGAUCUCCGACUGGAGCCUGAAACUCGGCAGCCUCGACCGUCGCACCGUCAACACCAUCCUGUGUCCGCUGCUGAGGCUUCGCCAGGCCUGCUGCCACCCUCAGGCCGUCAGGGGAGAGUUCCUGCCUCUUCAGAAAAGCACCAUGACGAUGGAGGAGCUCCUCAAGUCCCUGCAGAAGAAAUGUCGAGUGGAGUGCGAAGAAGCCCACAGACAAUUGGUUUGCGCCCUCAACGGUCUGGCUGGAAUCCACAUCAUCAGAGAUGAGUUUGUAGAAGCGGCGGAGAUGUAUAGAGAAGUGCUUCGUUCAUCAGAGGAGCACAAAGGACGAUUGAAAACAGACUCAUUACAGAGACUUCAUGCUACCCACAACUUAAUGGAGCUGCUGAGCGCCAAGCAUCCUGGGAUUCCCCCGACCCUGAGAGAUGACCGACUCACUGAAGAAGCCGAGCAGCUGCGACAGCACUACAUGACCAAAUACAACUCCGAGGUUGCCGACGCCCAUCAGGCCUUGCAGCCGGUGCUGCAGAACAUCAAAGAGCUGAAGCGAAAAGUGAAGCUCAACUCUCCCUGGUGGCUGGAUGUCAUUCAGAGGUCGAUCCGUUGCGCCACCGACGACGAUCUGGUGUCUCGGGUGACGAACGAAUUGACUUGCAGCUACAAACAACAAGCCUACAAAUUCUCCAUGGCUGACAAGUUCAGAGAUGCCUGUGGACUCCAGUUUAUUCUCACCACGCACAUGGAAGAUCUGAUGAAAUCUCAGAAGACUGUGCAAGACGCAGUGAAGAGUCUGGAGGGUCCGGCUUCGAAAAAAGUCAUCGAUGAGGCCACAGUUUGUCACCUCAGGCCCAUGAGACUGCCACUAAACAAUUGUGUUUUUUGCAAAGCAGAUGAACUUUUCACGGAUUACGAGUCAAAGCUGUUUGCUCACACGGUGAAAGGUCAGACGGCCAUCUUUGAGGAAAUGAUCGAGGAUGAAGAGGGGCUCGUGGACGACCGUCUCCCCACCACCAGUCGAGGUUUGUGGGCAGCCAGCGAGACCGAACGCACUCUCAAGGCUAUUUUGUCUUUUGCCAAAGCGAAACGCAUGGACCCGGAGCUGGUGGAGGAGGGAAACACUUUUAUGGAGCUGUUUGAGAACUGGAAGAAAGAAUACAAGGUGCUGCAUGAGUAUUGGAUGGUGCUGCGUAACCAUGUGUCGGCCAUCGAUGAGCUGGGAAUGGCCACCGAGAGGCUACGAGUUCGUCUGCCUGAUGAGCCGAAGCCCAAGCUGCUGCACAUCAUAGAGCCGCAUGAGGUGGAACAGAACAGAGUGAAGCUUCUGAACGACCAGGCCGUGGCAAAGUCUCAACUCCAGAAGAAGCUCGGCCAGUUUCUGUAUCUCACAAACCUGGAGAAAUCCCAGGACAAGUCUACUGGAGGGCUGAACCCAGAACCAUGUCCCAUCUGUGCCCGACCUCUGGGACAGGAGUGGGCAGUGCUGACUUGUGGCCACUGCUUCUGUAACGAGUGCAUAGCUAUAAUAGUGGAGCAGUACAGCGUGGGCUCCAGGCGGCGGGCCAUCAAAUGUGCCAUUUGCAGACAAACUACGUCUCACACAGAAAUCUCCUACGUGUUCACCACCCAGUCAUCCAGCCAGGACCAAGACAUACCGGUCAAGGGAAGCCACUCGACCAAAGUGGAGGCGGUGGUGAGAACGCUGAAAAAGAUCCAAGUGACCGACCCCGGGGCCAAGUGUCUCGUCUUCUCCACGUGGCAGAGCGUCCUGGACAUCAUCGCUAAGGCCUUGUUCGACAACAACAUGGAGUUUUCUCAGAUCAACGGGAUUCACAAAUUCCAGGAGAAUCUGUGUUCCUUCAAAUACGAGGAGAAGAUCAACAUCCUCCUCCUUCCUCUCCACACCGGCUCUAACGGGCUGAACAUCAUCGAAGCGACUCACGUGUUGCUGGUCGAGCCGAUCCUCAAUCCGGCUCAUGAGCUGCAGGCGAUCGGCAGAGUGCACCGGAUCGGCCAAACCAAGCCGACGUUUGUCCACAGAUUCCUCAUCAAAUCCACUAUUGAAGAGCGAAUGCAGGCAAUGCUGAAGACAGCAGAGAAAAGUCACACCAGCACCACCAUGAAGCACUCAGAGGCCGCCGUCCUGACGGUAGCUGACCUGGCUGAUCUGUUUACCGAAGACGCCGAACAUCUGGAGUGAAUCUGAAUGUUGGGCUGCAACUCUAGAUAAAACAUGCGAGGAGAGCUCACUCUUCACACAGCGGUCGAUGAAAAUACUCUGAUUUUGCACAUUCCCCUUUUUAUAUAAGCUCUGAAUUUAAUUCCCAAAAAUAAAAAAGAAACAGACUUUAGCAAAUCACUGAAACGUUUCUUCGAAUUUUAACUCUUUUUGGAGCCGUUGUAUUUGGGUUUCUCGUUUUCAUUGUCGUAUCUUAACAAAUUCAGGUGUUUGUAACAUUUGACUAGACUGUACAGUAUUGUUGUGUUAAUCGGUUGUAAUUAUGUGCAUUUAUAUACAGUUUCUCUGUACGGAUAGACAUGAAAAGGAAGUUUUGAUGCUAAGAAUCACGCUGAGGUAAUUCUCAAAACAUUCAGGAAAUGAAAGUCUGUCAAUGAUGGCA